AUGUCUCUCUCAGAACGUUUCGAAGCUGCUGCCGCCGAAGUCAAGACUGUCUUGACUGAAAAGCCAACCAACGAAGAAUUGUUGGAAUUGUACGGUCUCUUCAAGCAAGCCAAGGAAGGUGACAAUACCACUGCUCAACCAUGGGCUGUCCAACUCGAAGCCAGUGCCAAGUGGAAGGCCUGGACUGCUUUGAAGGGAACCUCAAAGGAUGAUGCCAUGACCAAGUACAUCGCCCUCGUUGACUCAUUGAAGGCCAAAUACGCCACUAAAUAA